ACGUGUUUUUGUGGAUUGUGAAAAUAAACAAAGUGAUUUUGUGAAGAGGAUUAUCAGCAAAAUGCUGAGAAGACAGGCCAGAUUGCGACGUGAAUACCUGUACAGGAAGUCCGUGGAGGGGAAACAUAAAGCGCUGCAGGAGAAAAAAGACCGAAUAAAGCGUAGUCUCGAGGAAAACAUCCCAAUUCACGGAGACCUUCGAAGGGAAGCUCUGUCGCUCCAGGAAAAACUCAAGUGGAACGAUUCUGGACCAUCUGCUGCAGCAGAAAUUGGUGGGGUGAGUGGUGGAGCCAAUACGGCAAAUUCCCAAGAUGAUGAAUAUCGCUAUGCUGGCUGCGAAGAUCCCAAAAUCAUGAUCACAACUUCAAGGGAUCCCUCUGUGAGGCUCAAGAUGUUUGUCAAGGAACUUCGGUUGCUCUUCCCAAAUGCCCAGCGGAUGAAUCGAGGGAAUUACGAGGUUAAGCAAAUGGUACAUGCUUGCCGGGCCAAUGAUGUCACAGAUUUCAUUGUGGUGCACGAGACAAGGGGAGUUCCGGACAAUUUGGUCGUGUGCCAUCUCCCACAUGGUCCCACGGCCUUCUUCAACAUCUCAGGAGUGGUGAUGAGGCAUGACAUCCCAGAUAUUGGGCCAAUGAGUGAACAGAAGCCUCAGUUGAUUUUCCAUAACUUCAAGACUCCUCUGGGAAUCCGGACAAUGUCUAUCUUGAAAUAUCUGUUCCCGGUGCCAAAGGAAGACUCCAGGAGGAUCAUGACUUUUGCCAAUCACGAUGACUUCAUCUGUUUCCGGCAUCAUACGUUCCAGAGGGUGAAUGGGAAGGUUGAGCUGACGGAAUGUGGUCCUAGGUUUCAGCUGAGUCUCUAUCGGAUUCAGCUGGGAACUCUGGAUGAGCUGGAUGCCACAGAAACCGAAUGGACACUGCAUAGAUACAUGAACACUACGGCCAAGAGGAGAUUUCUCUCAGAUGACGACGGAUGGGAGCAGGACGACGAUGAUAUUCUUAAUUCAAAUUCCUGAAAAAUUUAUCAAAAAUAAAAAUUUCAAUUGAAAAAUAAAA